AUGGCCGACACAGGUAGCGUCGCCAGUGUUGCAGGCGCCGGCUUGCGGCUGGCCCUGCUCUUGAACGCAGUCGCAUGCCAGGUCGCAAACCUAGGCGUCGACAUCCACAGCAUCUCCAAGGGCAUCACUCUGUUCUCAACCAGCCUCAAACAAGCCCGCCAAAGCCUGCAGUCUGAGCACUCGGUGCACACGCAGGAUUGUCUGGACACCGCAAACCAGAUCAGCGAGCAGGCGCGCACCGUGUUUGAGGAGGUCGAGGAUAUGCUGGAUGAAGUGCAGAAGCCCAAUUCUCAAGCAACCGAGGGCGGCGGCGGCCCGCAGUCCGUUCAGCAGCGUUUCAAGACCUGCUUCAAGAAGCAGCGCGUCACUUAUCUUCUCGCACAGCUCGAGUCUCUCAAAUUUAGUCUGAUGGUGAUAGUCCAGGUGUUGCAGCUGGGCCGAUUGGUGGAAGUGAAAAAUGUUCUCAACACCCUUACCGAAGAGCUUAUUGCUCAGGAGAGGGCUGAUGCACAGAAUAUGCUGAUUGUCAGAUAUUGGUCGACCAAGAAACUCGACCGUCUAUGGGAUCUUGCGCGUCAAGAAGCGAAAGAAGACCGAGCACCGACUGUCAAAUUCGAAUCCAGCACGUCCUCGACACAAGACCUGUCCUCUCCCACCAGCCCGGGCAUGUCCAAACUACCAAUAAUUCCUUUAGGCGUGGAGUCGUCGUUGAACGCCGUAGAAGAAUUGCCAAAGGAUAUGCUUCGACUGACAGGGACAAUACUCGACGCCUUGCUCAAUCGCUGGAUUCGGGAAGAAGUUGGCCAGCGACUCGUCACAUAUGACGCCAAUGCAGCAGCAGCAGCAGGUUUUCCUCAUGCAUAUGUGUCGUCCGGAAGUGAAGACGGCUAUUCAGACGACGGCUAUGGCCGCCCGGACAUGCAAGGGUAUUAUCUCGAGGGGACUACCACCGACUGGCGGAAACCACACUCGCAAGACGCGCGAACUCAGGCUGCUCAACUGCGCAAACUAUACUCGACCAAACAGGCGCACGUCCACAGCGAUUCCGAAGAUUCGGACAGUUCAACAUCGUCGUCGAUGAGGCGGAAAACAAAGAGAAAGAAUCGACAGCCUGCUGCUACUGGUGAUGGUGAUGGUCGACAAUAUACCACUACUGCUGCUGCUAGGUCGUCUAGUGGAGAACCGGCAUCGCGGCCCUAUUCCUACUCUGUCUCGAACAAAGUUCCUGGCAGCGACACCGAAAGCAACUGGCGACACAAAGACACUGUCAACACGCACUCGCAGACACGGCCAAUUCCUGUACCGCAGCCAAAUAAUGUACAUGCAAAUGGCCUAUAUCCCGCGAGAGCGCCAACAUCCAGCCCUUCCUCCUCCAACGCGCGCAACGGCGUCCAUCAACAACACCACCACCACCACCACCAGACUUACUACAGUAGUACAGCACCAAACGGCUUUCUCUCCACGACCCCGACUGGGGGCUCCCAGUCUUAUCAACAACCCCGAUACACCCCAGCACCACCUCCCCCCACGCGCGCCUUUUCACGGAGCAUGUCCGACAACAUCUCCCAACCCCAGCAAUACCUCGCUCCGCAGCAACAACAACAACAACAUCAGCAACAGCAGCAACUACCACAACGCCACCGAUCCUCACGCAGUCGAAAAGGAUACCACAGCCCGCAGCCAUACGACCGACAUCGUGAUUUGAAGCGCACCGCCAUGCGCGGGAUUCUCGGCGCGAGCGCUAUUGGCGGGUUUAUGGAUGCUCUGGAAGCGUUUAGUGUUAUUUGA